GUUCUGGGUUUCUGCUGAGGCCCGGUGAGAAGCCGGAACAGCUGGGGUCCAGCCGGGAUUGCCAGAGUGGACACUGAGUGACUGUGCUCCCGAGUCAUCGCCAACGUACCUUCCCCGCAGGAGGUAAGCUGAGUCUGCGAGACUGAGAGGAGUUGGGGUGAUUAGAAAUUGUAAAGAGGUUUAUUAAAGUCAACAUGUCUCACAAAAUCCAAGGCGGAUCUGUGGUAGAGAUGCAAGGAGAUGAAAUGACACGAAUCAUUUGGGAGCUGAUUAAAGAGAAACUCAUUUUUCCCUACGUGGACCUGGACCUGCACAGCUACGAUUUAAGCAUAGAGAAUCGCGAUGCCACCAAUGACCAGGUCACCAAGGACGCUGCAGAAGCUAUAAAGAAGUACAACGUUGGUGUCAAGUGUGCCACCAUCACCCCCGAUGAGAAGAGAGUGGAGGAGUUCAAGCUGAAACAAAUGUGGAAGUCUCCGAAUGGCACCAUCCGAAAUAUCCUGGGUGGCACUGUCUUCAGGGAAGCUAUUAUCUGCAAAAAUAUUCCCCGGCUCGUGAGCGGAUGGGUAAAACCCAUUAUCAUAGGUCGUCAUGCUUAUGGGGAUCAAUAUAGAGCAACUGAUUUUGUUGUGCCGGGGCCUGGAAAAGUAGAGAUAUCCUAUACACCAAGCGAUGGAUCACCCAAAACGGUAUACCUAGUACAUAACUUCACAGAGAGUGGUGGUGUUGCCAUGGGGAUGUUCAAUCAAGAUAAGUCAAUCGAAGAUUUUGCACACAGUUCUUUCCAGAUGGCUUUGUCUAAGAAAUGGCCUUUGUAUCUGAGCACCAAAAACACUAUUCUGAAGAAAUACGAUGGACGUUUUAAAGACAUCUUUCAGGAGAUAUAUGACAAGCAGUACAAAUCUGAGUUUGAAGCUCAGAAUAUCUGGUAUGAGCACAGGCUCAUUGAUGACAUGGUGGCCCAAGCUAUGAAAUCGGAGGGGGGCUUCAUUUGGGCCUGUAAGAACUAUGAUGGGGACGUGCAGUCGGACUCCGUGGCCCAAGGUUAUGGCUCUCUCGGCAUGAUGACCAGUGUGCUGGUUUGUCCAGAUGGCAAGACAGUAGAAGCAGAGGCUGCCCACGGGACUGUCACCCGUCACUACCGAAUGUACCAGAAAGGACAAGAGACGUCCACCAAUCCCAUUGCUUCCAUUUUUGCCUGGACCAGAGGCUUAGCCCACAGAGCUAAGCUUGAUAACAAUAAAGAGCUCAGCUUUUUUGCAAAGGCUUUGGAAGAAGUCUGUAUUGAGACCAUUGAGGCUGGCUUCAUGACCAAGGACUUAGCUGCAUGUAUUAAAGGUUUACCCAACGUGCAACGUUCUGACUACUUGAAUACGUUUGAGUUUAUGGAUAAACUCGGAGAGAACCUGCAGUUAAAACUAGCCCAGGCCAAACUUUAAGGUCAUUUCUUGUCUUUGGAGGAUGUUUUUUUUUCUGGUAACUAGGGUCUACUGGUUUACAUUUUUCUCUAUAACUCUCAAGGGUAAAGGCAAAAUCAAUUUUGUAAUUUGUUUAGAAGCCAGAGUUUAUCUUUUCUAUAAGUUUACAGCCUUUUUCUUAUGCAUACAGUUAUGCCACCUUUGUGAACGUGGCCGGGGACUUUUUUUUAAAUUUUAUUUUCUACUAAUAGCCUAGGAAUUAUUUUUAAUGUCCACUUGUACUCACUGUCACUUUUUCUUAUGUGCUGAGAUCAAUGACCAAAGUCAACAGUGCUCAAAAGGAUAAACUAUAGCCACGGUGUUAUUCCCUGAAAUUGUAUAGAGAUUCAUUCCCUUUCUCGCUUUUCAUGGCCUGGGGCGCUGGGUCAUUCUAAUAUAACAGAUAUCUCAUUAUUUGCAGUAGAAGCUGCAUGUUAGACUUGAAUAUGAUUUGAAAUGAAGAGCAUGGCUGUAACUAAAACGUAUUGAAGACUCAUCUUUGUUAAGAGUUCUAGUUGAAUCUUUUAAAAAUACUAAAUAUUUUUGAGCUCCUUGGAGAAUCCAGAAGAAAUACUACCUGAGGGGGCGGGGGUUGUCCUCUGUGUUUGUCUCCUCCUCCUGGCCUUGUGUGGCCUAAGUAUUUUGCGACCUUGAACAGCAUGUUUCAUCCAAGUGCAAUAAUACAAGCUGCACCUUUUUUUUGGACCUCUGCUGGCCUCUUUUAUUUCCUUUAUGUAAAUGUGAUUUUUCAGAAGUUGAUUGUAAACACUAUCCUAGUCCUGUUCUUCAUCUAAACUAUCGAUUUUAAUUAAAAUUC